UUUUUUUUUUUAAUUAUUAUUUCUUUUUCAUUGUGUUUGUUCUUGCAAAAUAAUAAUAAUAACAAAAAAAAAUGGUUAAGAAAACUUUCUUGUUCACAGCCAUUGCUGCUACUUUUGCUGCCCUUACUCAUUCUGUGUUGGCUGAUAGUGAUGUUCUUUCCUUGACUGAAAAGACUUUUGAUCAAGAAGUUCUUAAUCAAGACUUGAUGUUGGUUGAAUUCUUUGCUCCCUGGUGUGGCCACUGCAAAGCACUUGCUCCUGAAUAUGAAAUCGCUGCUACUAAACUCAAAGAUAAAAUGAAGGUUGCUAAGGUCGACUGUACAGAAAACCAAGACCUUUGUAUCAAGUAUGGUGUCCGUGGAUAUCCUACUCUUAAAGUAUUUAGAAAUGGUGAAACAUCUGAUUAUAAAGGAUCUCGUAAGGCUGACGGUAUUGUCAGCUACAUGAUUAAGCAAGCUGCUCCUGCUGUUACACCCUUAGAUUCAUCUAACUUUACUGAAUUCCAAUCUUCUGAUCGUGUUGUUAUUGUUGGUUAUGGUACUGAUGAAGCUACACAACAGGCUUUAUCUACUGUUGCUGAAAAACUUCGUGAAGAUUUCUUAUUUGGUCUCGUUACUGAUCCCACUUUGGCUGCUGAACACAAGGCUGCCUUCCCUAGUAUUGUCCUCUAUAAACAAUUUGAUGAAGGCCGUAGUGAUUUAGUGAGCACCGACGCUGCUGCUAUUGAAAAAUUUGUUAUGACCGAAUCUGUACCCCUUUUGGACAAUAUUGAUGGUUCCAAUUUUGCAUACUAUGUCAAUGCUAAUUUACCUUUAGCCUUUGUCUUCCAUGAUAGUACUGAACAACAAGAUGAAUUACGUCCUGUUAUUCAACCACUUGCACAAAAAUAUAAGGGUCGUAUCAACUUUGUCUUUAUUGACGCCAAUAAGUUUGGUGCUCACGCUAAUAACUUGGCUCUCAAGCAAGGUGAAUGGCCUGCAUUUGCUAUUCAACAUUUAGAUAAUGGUGCCAAAUAUCCCUUUGAUCAAUCUAAGGCUUUAACAUCUGAAGAUUUGCCUGCCUUCCUUGAAGAAUAUACUGCUGGAAAACUCCAACCUACACUUAAAUCAGCUGAAGCCCCCGUCGAUAAUAAUGGACCUGUCAAGGUUGUGGUUGCUAAAGAGUUUAAUGAUAUUGUGUUAGAUAAGUCUAUGAAUGUGUUUUUGGAAGUAUAUGCACCAUGGUGUGGACAUUGUAAGAGAUUAGCACCUAUUUGGGAAGAAUUGGGUGAAUUAGCUUCUGGACAUGAAUCACUUAUGAUUGCUAAGAUGGAUGGUACUGAAAAUGAUAUCCCUGAAGAAGGUGGAUUUGAAGUUACUGGUUUCCCCACUUUGAAGUUAUUCAAGGCAGAGACAAAUGAGAUGGUCGACUAUAAUGGUGAUCGUAGUCUUGAGGAUUUAGUUAAAUUUUUGAACGAACAAACCGGCUUAAAAAUUAAUAUCGAAAGUGAGAAGAAGGAUAAGGAGGAGGAAGAGAGUCCUGUUAACCAACAUGAUGAAUUGUAAAAAAAAGAAAAAAGAAAUCAUCUAGUAAAUUAAUGUAUACACGUAUAUUGAAUUAUAAUGCUAUCAUUUUCAUAUAAUAAAUAUGAAAUAUAAGACUUAAUGUAACAAAUGUAGUUUGUCCAAGUAAAUGAUACUAUUUUAUAGCAGAUCAGCGUGAAGGGAUUUGUAAAAGGAUUAAUACACACUCCCAUUCAUAUCAUUUGUCACUUUUAACUUAUUAUUCAGCCUUAUCGUCUUUUAAGUAAUAGAAUAACGCAUAACAUCCAUUGUUGUAUUGCCUAAAAUAUGAAUUACUGUAUUUCGAAUUUACAAGCAAAAUUAUAAAGGACUUCUGGUCAAGUACAAGUUUGCAGUAUUCAUCGAAAUAGGAUAUUUAAAUUAACAUUUCUCUUUUUAUAAAACAGUGUUUCAAAUAUUACUUUUUAUAGAUAUUCAUUUAUUUAUUUAUUUUU